AUGGCUUCCGAUAAAAGCUUCUUAAUCCUUGUUCUUGUAUUUAUAACUCUAUCAUCAACAACCAUCAAAGGGAGUGAAGCAGGACGUCAUCUCCAACAAUCAUUGCCUUCUGUUCCAUCAAUCAGUUCACCUCUCCUCCCUAACAUUCCACCGGUUACUAUCCCAAACGUUCCUUUAUUGCCUUCGAUUCCAUUCGUGCCUAAUACUCCACCUGUUACUAUUCCAAACAUUCCUAUCCCGAACGUUCCUUCUUUGCUUUCGAUUCCACUCGUCCCUAAUAUUCCAUCCGUUACUAUCCCGAACGUUCCUUCAUUACCUUCGAUUCCACUCAUCCCUAAUAUUCCACCUGUUACUUUCCCGGACGUUCCUAUCCCAGACAUUCCUUUAUUGCCUUCAAUUCCACUUGUCUCUAAUAUUCCACCCGUUACUUUCCCGGACGUUCCUUCAUUGCCUUCGAUUCCACUUGUCUCUAAUAUUCCACCUGUUACUAUCCCCAACGUUCCUUCUAUUCUAUCCACCGAUUUUCCUCCCCUUCCUAAUAUUCCAGUUAUCCCGAGCAUUCCUUCCACUCCCUAG